UUGGCAGAACAGCAUGGCUGCCAGUGUGUUGCGGAGCUACACCAGAGGGGUCUGUCGAAUGGCAAGCGGUCGGAAGGUCACACAGUUCUCGUCCCCUUCCUCGGAAGGAGCGAGGCACAAAUCCUCGAUACAGUAUGCGACGCGGCCGGACCUGCCCAAGCUCGCCUACCAGAAGGUGAAGGGUAAGAGCCCGGGGGUGGUUUUCCUGCCUGGCUUCGCCUCCACCAUGGCGGGCCGGAAGGCCGAAGCCCUGGAAGAGUUCUGCAAGUCCCUGGGCCACUCCUACCUGCGGUUUGACUACACCGGCUGUGGAGCUUCUGAGGGCCAGUGGGCAGAGGCCACAGUUGGAACCUGGAAGAAAGAUGUGCUUUUUGUUUUGGAUGAGCUGGUGGAGGGACCACAGAUCCUGGUCGGCUCAAGCAUGGGUGGCUGGCUGAUGCUCCUGGCAGCUCUUGCACGGCCCGAGAAGACGGCCGCUCUGGUUGGAAUCGCAACUGCUGCUGAUUACUUUGUCACAGCCUUCAAAUCCUUGCCUUUAGAGGUAAGGAAGGAGAUGGAAGAGAAGGGAGAAUGGACACUACCCACCAAAUAUAACGAAGAAGGCGUUUACAGAAUCAGCAUGGACUUCCUCAAAGAGGCAGAGAACCACUGUGUCCUGCAGGGCCCGAUUCCAGUAACCUGUCCCAUGCGGCUGAUCCAUGGUCUUAAGGACCAGGACGUGUCCUGGCACAUCUCCAUGCAAGUGGCGGAGCGUGUCCUCAGUACAGAUGUGGAUGUCAUCCUGCGCAAGCACGGCCAGCACCGUAUGUCUGAGAAAGAAGACAUCAAGCUGAUGGUCUACACCAUCGAUGACCUGAUCGACAAGCUGACCACGCUGGUGUGAUUGGCUGCGCUUGCAUUUGUGGCGGCCCUGAAGGAACCCUUGUCUUCCCCUUCUUGGGCUGUUUGGCUCCAGUGUGCAGGCAGCACCUGCAGGAAGUGGGAGUGUGAGCAGCCUGCAUGCUGUGAGCAGUGAUACCUGUCUGGUCCCAAUCUGGUCCCUCGCACCCUGGAAGAGAAUCUUUUUUCUUAAUUUUUUUUUUUGUUUUUUACUAGUUUUGUUCAGUGUUGUGUUUAACACAAAGAAUGCUGCUGUUUUGUUUGGAAAAAAGCCCUUUAUUUCCAAAGAUUUCUCUCUAGUAUGACACCAGAUCCCAGAAUGCUCUUCCUGUGCCUUUUUAUCGUUUUUCACACAAUGUGCCCUGUCUAAUAAAUCUUGUCGGAAAUCAUCUGUUUCGUGUGCGUGUGCAGGUGAAGGGUGGCGCUGGCGUUCGUUCUCAGGUAAGCAAGGGGCUCUUCGAGUGUAGGCGUCGUGCAGCUUGCUGACAGCAGACGCCGCGGGCUGGGCAGACGGGCUCCACCUCUUACGGGCAGACAGUUCAGUCAUGCUGCUCACCAGCUUCCACACGUGGCUCUUCCAGUGGCUGAGGCCGUUUUCCCGGAUCUCCACCGACGAGGCGCUAGCGGCUCGCCGGAUGUCGCCGUUCGGCGGAACCUCCGGUCGGGGGCACGGCGCCUUACGCUUGAAUGGGCUUUUGAAGAGGCUGUCCGUGCUUCUGCUCAGCCUACUGAACG